AUGAGCGGUCCACGACUACAGAGAGGAGGAUCAGCGACGCUUGAAAAGGGAUUUGCAGAUGAGCGCCGUAGAGCACAAGCAGAGUACCAGCUCAAAUUACAGAGACAGGAGCAUGCUCGCAGACAGGCUGAAUACGACCGUGCUCAGCAAUUACAAGCUCAAAAAGGUCUUGCUGUAGAGGGUUCAUCAGCCGCAAAGCCCACGGCUUCCAGCUUUGAACGAUGCCGGAAGGUAAUUCGGGAGCCCUGGCGAAAUGCAUCACCGGGUAUCCAGGUAGUGCUGACAGUUUCGGGGUCUUUCAUGAUCUGGAUGUUCGUGUCCCAUCUAUACCGAUUGACCUUUGGCAUAUAUUUCUACUCUACCGCUUACCUGUGGGCAUACAAUGGCCUUGACUUUCCAAUGUAUGGUUGUUACAGAUUCAGGGAAAGUAAGGAAGGCUUUUUAACUUGGGGUCAGAGCCAUCAGAGUUAUUUCCAGGGAAUGCGCUGUUGGGGAUAUUUCAAUGCGCUGGACUUAGAUGGAGACUUAUCACCUCCAGGCCGACUUUUGGCUACUUUGGUCCUUGAUCCUUUGGCAUCAUCUCCUACUUUAUAUCUAUUAUGUAUAGCUUUGUUCGUCUGGAAAGUACUGCCACGCAUUACAAAAAGACUACGAGCUUUGACAGGAUACGUAUGGCAUGCAGAUCGACCGUUCUGGGCUAAAGUGAUUUACAUCUGGCUCCUCGUCACCCUCUUGUACUUACAGGCGAACAAUCUUGGUACGUUGGCAGUCCUCGGUGGGCUGUGUUUUGUCAGUGCCAUCGUGAUCUAUGUCAUCAUUGACGCAUUUUUCAACCACCGGCUCAAAACAGCAUGGGAAGCUGCCAGCGACAACAUGUUGGUUGGUCCCGUCCUAGAAAUCAUUUCCUGGAUCUGGAAUACAGCAUCGUCCUUCUGGACAGCAUGGAAAAUUCCGCCACGGGCUGUUGAAACCCCUAAGAAACGCUACCAUAUCGAUGUCUGUGACUGUUACAACGAGAAGAAUCGCCAAAUCGACGACUUGAAUAACACCAAUACCGCACUUCAGAGUGCAGCUCAGGUUCUCCAGGCCAACCUCGACGCUAAAGAGCGACUCCUGGAAAAUGCCAAGACCAAUCUCGAUCUCGUGUCGGGUGAACGAGAUAAAGUUGAAGCUCGACUGUCAGGACCUCUGCCUUCUCCCGGUCAUUGGCAUGCUCCUCGGCACGAUGAUGCUCGGAGUACCUAUUGGGAACGGAUGUACAAUGAACGUGACUCGGAAUAUCUCCAGCUUGUCAAUCAGAAAUGGGAGCAAGAAAAUGCAUACAAGACGGAGCUGGAAAAGCUGCAGAAGUCUAUCAAUCACAGCCAGGGAGCUGAGCUCGACAGGGAAGAUGCCGUCAAGGCGUUGUACGAGGCUAAGGCAACGAUCAGGAAUUUAGAGAGGGAACAUGAUGCUCUAUCUGUCAUAGGCAUGAAUUUGAGACAAAAGCUCGCUGAGGAGAAGGAAACGCACUCGGAAAAAUGCAAGAAUGAAGCAGGGUGCCAGAGACGUAUUCGAGAGCUAGAAGAGAAUUAUGAUAGAGCCAUGGCUCAUAUCAGAGAAGACCAAACUUUGGUCACUGAGGCUUGUGUCGCGCUUGGAAUGCACCGUAAGGAAGCCGAGCAUGUACAGUUGAGAGCAUACCUUGCAGAUGUCACUAUUCAGGUGGCUAAGUUGUAUGCUAUGGGCGUUCGUGGUGCCGAUACGACAGAUCUCCAAGUCGAAAUCAUGCGGAAAGAAGUUGCCAGGGAAGCCACCUACAAGAACAGGCUUGAAAGGGAGGUGGAACGUCUUGGUGGCAACAUCCUGGAUAUCAGGAUAGGUCUGGACACGACACGGCCUCAGGACUGGAAAGUUGACUUCAUCACCUACGAGCAGAAUCUUCUUCGCAUCUUCCCCAUCUACCAGAGGCUAUGGAAUGCGAUCAACGAUAUGUAUGGAGUCUUCACCCGUGAACAGCUACUCCCUCCAGGCUGGACUAGUCAACCGUCCCGGAACAAUAUGAGCUCAAACAUACUUUCAUUGCCACCUCCAGAAGCUGCACUACACCUUGUCAAGACAAACGAAGUCACCAAUCCGCAUCUGGAAAGCUUCGAGGUAUUGGUCGAGAAACUGGUUUGGAAGGAGUGUAUGCGCCUCUACAACCAUGGCCUUGAAAUGCUCAUGUUACUUGACAGUAACAUGACUUCGCACGCCACAAUCGAAGGAAUUGAUGGCGUAAACAAGAUACUCAAUGAAGUCCUUCACGAAGUUCUGGAUCAUAUUCCGGCACUGCUUGCCAACCACCCAACAGAGCGUGCUCUUAGCCCACGCAAGCAGAAGAAAUAUGAGAUCUACUCCGCAAUGCAGACCGCCAUCGCUGGCCUCCUAAUUCAAGUCAUCGCCAACAAACGCAUGCCCCCAGACUGGCUGUCCACACAAGCAUAUGAUGACCGCUUCAAUAAGCAAUAUGACAGCCCCGAAAACCUCAUUGCCAACCUCUGUAACCUCGAAAUGACCAUCCUCGCCAAACGUAUCCAUCAACUCGUCGCCUUCACAGAAGAAUACCACUUCCCAGGCACGCGAGCUGGUCCUCCUCGCGCUGAAGUCCAACACGACCCAACCUACAUCAAACGCUGGGACCAUCUCGUCAUCGCCCGCACCUUUGCCGAACUCACCAUCUCGCACUGGAACUUGCAUAAAUCUCAAAAAGAGAUUCUCCACACCGACGAAGCCGGUCGCAGACUCAUCCGCUUCGAGCCAAACCCGCAACUCCUCCCCCUCAACGUCGACAAAUUUCGCGUCGCAGUCGGCCUCCUCCCUCUCCAGAAAGAAGAGAAAAGUUGGCCUGAAGAAUGGAGAGCUAGGAUGGUCAACGACCCCUCCUCCGGACCCUGCAUCAUCUUCGAGCCUCCCUCAUCAGCUGAUCAACAGCCCAAAAUAACCGAACACGCCGCCACCAAUAUCAAGAACAACAACACCAACACCUCCAUCUGCACCAACGACAACACACAACUUGCAGUCGUCGGCACAUCCAAAGAAAUCGAGCGCAAAAGGCUCCAAAACGAAUGGAAUGAGCGACGGGAGCGCUGCAUACAGCUGUACAACCACGUCGUAGCGUAUGGCAUCAAGAACCAUAUCCCGCGACUGAUGGAUGCGAAUUUGAGGAUCAACGCCGACCCGAAGAGUAUGAAGCGCGAUAUUGAGAAUUUCAAGGAGGCGGAGAAUCAGUAUGUGCAUGCGCUCACUGGCGGCCCGAAAAAGUAUCCUGUGCCGCCGAUGAGGAAGAAGGGUGGGAAGAUGGAUCCUUUUCAGUAG